GUCGGCAUUUGUUAUCGUUUAUGAACAGUCACAAGAAAAUGCUGUUGAAUAAAUAAUACCGCAUAUCAAUUGAAGUUUCAUUCAAAUUUACAUUAAAAAUCUAAAAGUUCAAAAGAUCCAUUGUAGUUUUUGUUGGAAUGAAACGAUUUUUGCUCAGCUUCCUCGACAGUCCAAAAAGAGUGUACGUAGUUUUCCUCGACAGUCUAAAAAAAGUAAAGAUGGAUUUGGAGUUUUUAGUGCUCAGUGGAGUGUACGGUGCAGUCCUUGCCUUGAUCGCGAUAUGGAUAAAACUGGUGAUCGCGGAACAGAAACGAAUCCAGUCAAUUAAAAAAGAACAAGGAGAAAAGAACCGAAAUGAAAAUAUAUCAAAUGGAGCUGCCGGGAAUGAUAUACCAAAAAUUCUCCGAUCUGAUGAAUGUAGUUCAAAUGAAGCAACAUCCGAUGAAAUUGAUUGUUGUAAAGAAGCUGCUACCGUAUCGCCUCGAUGUGAUUUUGUUGCGGAUUAUUUCAAUUUGAUAUCGGAUCUAAAACCCAAUGAAGUGCGUGAUUUGACACAGAGAACAUCAGAAAGUAACGAAAAUGUUCACUCUCAAAAAUCAUAUGACAAGCAAGCAAAUAAUCUCACAAUUUAUAGAGCGAACAUAACUGAAGAGAAUGCGUUAAAUAUGUUUGUGGACUUUCUAAAAAAGCAUCGUAAUACAGACUGGUCAAAUUGGUUAAAAUUACCUGAGACAGUGGAAGAUAUAUACGAUUUACAUGAAUUUUACAAAAUACUUGGUCGUGACGAAAUGACUGAAUUUCUUUCUAUAAAUAAUGUGAACAUAAACAAGAGGAACCGAACAGGAUGGACACCUCUCCACGGUGCUGCUUUUUUUGGUCAUUUCGAAACGGUGAAAGAUCUCAUUCGUUCGGCAGCACAUGUGAAUUCCAAGGAUAUUUGUGGAUCGAGUGCUCUUCACUUGGCUGCCACAAAUGGUCAUGAUGAAACGGUAAAAAUUCUCAUCGCUUGUGGUGCAGAGGAAAACUCAAAAAAUCUUCAAGGAUCGACACCACUCCACUUAGCUGCUCUAUGCCAAGGUCGUGAUAAAACGGUUAAAAUUCUCAUUGAUCUCGGCGCUGAUGUGAAUGCCAAAAAUAGAUAUGGAUGGACUCCUCUGCUUAACGCUGCCUGGAUGGGUCGAGGUGAAACGGUAAAAGUUCUCAUUAGUUCGGGAGCAGACGUGAACGCUAAGAAAGAUGAUGGAACUACUGCUCUUUACUUUGCUGCUAAGUUGGGUUGUGAUAAAACGGUGAAAGCUCUCAUUCGUUCCGGGGCCGAGGUGGAUUCUGAGAAAGAUACCGGUUCGACUCCUCUUCAUAUCGCUGCCGAGUUGGGUCACAAUCAAACGGUGAAAAUCCUCUUUCGUUUCGGCGCCGAUAUAAAUUCUAAGGAUAAUCGCGGUAUGACGCCGCUUCACUUGGCUGCAAAGUCGGGUCAUAAUAAAAUGGUGAAAACGCUUAUUGAUCGUGGCGCAAAGAUGAGUGCCAAGGAUAAUGACGGAUGUACUGCUCUUAGCUUCGCUAUCAUAAAAGGUGAUGCUGAAACGGUAAAACUUCUCGCAGCCCAAAAAUCAUUCAAAACAUUUAAAAACUGCACGUUUUUACCAUGCUAUAAUCAAACGAAGGAACGAGUGAAAAUGUUUAUGGAUAAAAACUCCUAGAAAAUUCCUAUGUGCAUCUUUUAAAGCAUAUGGCGACUUUAGCAUGCAAAUCUUCAGCCAAAAAUUAUUUUGAUAUAAAACACUUUAGACGUUCAAUGAAAUAUUUUUGAUCAUUUUACAAAGAAAAAAAAUAUGCAAAAAUACCCUACAACAGAUCUUCACGCGUUAGAUUGAAACGUCGAUACUAAAACACAAUCAGGGAAAUUGUUCUUUUGUCAAUAAUAAUGAUAUUUUUAGAACAGUAAAUGUAUGAGUAAUAAAAAUAAACACUUUAAUUUGACGUCAGCCGACUUUGUUACA